AUGCUGGUGCCACCAUGGAACGAUAAUCAAAGUCAAACGAUGGCAACCCCUCUGUCCCACCAUCCUCGUCCUCACCCCGCCUCAGCCUUGAGACAGAUGCAACCGCAACCAUAUCCUCAUCACCCUAUCGCCCGAAGUGUCCAACUUUCACAAAUACAGAAUAAACCACCAGCAAUUGCAGACCAGCAAGAAUUCCCCUCUUUACCAGGAAGAUCAAAAGCCAUACCGAUCGUACGGCCCCCACCUGACGGAGAUCAUUCCAUCCCCGGCUCGGAUCUCGAGCACCAAUCCAAAUCGUCGCUGUCUCUGAGAGAUCCUCCCGCACAGCGACCUCCAAUCUCUAUAUUGCAAAAUGGAAAGAGUAGUCAAAGUUCAGCUUCACAGCAAAGUACGACAACGCUAGGCAGCAGCCAUGAGCUUAAUGUGUUUGCCCGGCCUUUUGUCUCGGAAGCGCUGUCCGUGAUAAAUGAGCUCAAAGGUCAUGUAAUCGAUACUCAAGGUGUCAAAGAUAUCAAUUUCGAGAUAUAUGUAGGCCGUUGUCUUGGCUGGGAUUUCCUCCCUGCCAUACCUCGACCAAUUCCACCUCCCACAAUCACUCCUACUGCCCUGGCAUCUCUCGAGUUGACCGAUGUAUUGAUGCAUACUACAUACGAGUAUUACUUUCGAGCUCACCUUGAAGCUGAGAUUGCAAGUCAGGGGAAAGAAAAUGAGACCUACGCACUAUUCGGACAUGGAAUCAAGAAACCAAGUUACGAUCCGAACGGCCCCUCGACGACCUUUUCAAUCCUGGUACCAGGUCUGCGAGAGAACAGCCCUUAUAUCGAGGAGGACGACAUUAUCCAACUUCGAGAGCUGAUCUAUGACAAGUACAACAGACUGCUCGGCAUGGAUUCCUGGAUGAAACCAGCAGAUCAACCCCCUGACUACGGACUGGACACGACCUUAGCACGUCGAUACCAGGGUGAUCCAGCACCUGGCUGGACGGGAAUCAUAUACAAUGCUCGAGUGCUGGCUGUUCGACGGAAGGAUAUUACAUUGAUUAUUCGAGUCGGUGGAACUCCUCUCGUACGGGAGUGGGUUCGAUCAUCUUCACGCUUUAACAUCCAAUUCCUGGUCCCGAUGAAGCGAUACCGACCGAUGAAGGAUGUACUGCCUAUUGUUCAGGAAGUCUUGAGACACGCCGACAGAACUAGAUAUCCAUCCAUGAAUGGUGUUAUCACUCAGUCGCUAGCCAAAUCUCUCACUCAGCCCUUAGGUCCUGAACAGAUCAUUGCCCUCCAGAGUCCUCCUAACGCUCCGUGGCUUCAAUCAAUGCUAUUUCCGAUCGAAGCAGACUGCGAUACACAAACGAAGCUCAACUCAUAUCAUUUCAAGCAGCUAUUCUUCGACGAGCAACUUAACCGGGAGCAGAAGAAGGCAAUUGAGAGUAUUUGCUCGCGUAACUAUGGCACCCUUCCGUUCUUGGUAUCUGGGCCUCCUGGUACUGGCAAGACAAAGACGUUGGUGGAAGUCGCUCUUCAGCUUGUCAAACGCUCUGAUGGGGUCUCUCACGUUCUAUUCUGCGCUCCAUCAGAUCCUGCAGCAGACAUGAUUGUUCAGCGGCUUAGGCCCCAUUUCAAUGGGAAUGAACUUCUGCGCCUCAAUCGAUCUUCACGGCCAUUUGCUGAAGUGCCAGGAGGAGUGCUACCAUUCUGCUGUAUAUGUGAAGAUAGAUUCGAUCUUCCCAAAUUCCAGCAGAUCAUGGCUUGUAAAGUAGUUGUAACGACUUGUCGAGAUGCCUCCCUGCUUCUCCAUUCACGCUUGUCUAAUGUCGACCUGAUCGCUGCCGAAUACGGCCUCCGCUGCUCCAUCAAUCCACAUGCUACUCCACCAGCAGUCAUCGAUCUCCACUGGACAGCUCUCCUCAUCGACGAAGCCGCUCAAGCCAUGGAACCAGAAGCUCUCAUCCCCCUCGCCAUCGUCGCACCUCCUCCAGGCUCGGCAAAACUUGCAAUCCAGCCCCUCGUCAUUAUGGCCGGCGACGAACAUCAAUUCGGCCCACGCACAUCUCUCGCUUCAUCUCCCCUCAAGACCUCUCUCUUCGCACGACUUUUUGCUCGACCGGUUUAUUCCGAACACCCACUAUCCAGAGGCAAAUCAGGUGAACGCCAGCCAAAGAUCCUCAAACAAACAAUGCUCCCCAUCGCACGACCCGCAUUCGCAAACCUCAUCCGAAACUACAGAUCCCACCCCGCCAUCCUCGCCGUCCCCUCCUCACGAUUCUACUUCGACACCCUAGAACCCGAAGCCACCAACACAGACUGUCUCGCCUCCUGGUCCGGCUGGCGUCGUCCAAACUGGCCAGUUCUAUUCCACAACAACCCCUCCGAAGAUAGCAUGGACCUCGAGAACGGGGGCUGGUCCAACGCCGGCGAAGCCCACCUCGCAUGCGAGUACGCCUCCCGCCUCGUGAACUCUGGUCUCGUCUCUCAAAAAGACAUAUGCAUCAUGUCGCCCUUCAAAGCGCAAGUCGCGCGCCUGCGUUCCAUUGUUCGGGAUCCUCGCUUUGGGUUGUGGGAUGUGGAUAUUGGACCUACGGAGGCGUUUCAGGGGUUGGAGAGGGAUGUGGUUAUUCUUUGUACGACGAGAUCGAAAAGGAGAUUUGUGGUAGAAGAUGUGCGUGCGGGUCAGGGCAUUGUGGGGAUGAGGAGGAGUAUGAAUGUUGCUUUGACGAGGGCGAGGUUUGGGUUGGUGGUUAUUGGGAGAGGGGAGGUGUUGAUGGAGGAUGAGCAUUGGAGGGCUUUUGUGGGGUUUUGUGGGAGGAAUGGGUUGGUUGUUGGGGAUGGUGUGGAGGUUGGAGAAGGGAGUGGAGGAGAGGAAAGGGGACAGCUGACUAGGUUGGAGAAAGUGCUUUUGGAUCGUGAAGAGCGAGAGAAGGAGCGGGAGUGGGAGUUGGAAAAGGAGCAGGAUAAACAGAAGAAGAAGAGAGCUCUUGGUGUGUAUCCGCAGGAGGAUGAGAUGUGGACACAUGGCGUGCAAGCUGAAUUGGAAGCGGACCUUUUUGAGGGGGGCGACGACGAGGAAGGGGAAGAAGAAACAAUCUACGACCACGCCGCUGAUGACGAUCACGGCACCGAGGAGCACACCAAAACGAGUACGAGUCCUGCUCCGAUGGAGACGGUCGAUGAAGCCGUGAGAUGGGACAGCCGCGAGCCUUGGUGA